AAUGACAGCGCUUUACUUCAUCCUGAGGAGGGAGAAGCGCUCAAUUUGAAAUAUUUGAGUUAGUGCGAGGAAGAAGUCUGUCUGUUGCUGCCAUUAUUUCCAGCGCACCACCACAUUUUGUGAAGAGAAACAAGGUGACCACUUCUUAUUCAUUUCUCUGCCUUGCCAGUUAGGUUAGGUGACUUUAGUUAGGUUAAGUUUGUUUAGUUUGGUUAGUGUGAUUAGGUUUGGUUAAGUUAUGUUUGGUUAGGUUAGGUUAGGUAGUUUAGCUAGGUUAAAUUAGUUUGGUUAGGUUUUAUUUGGGUAGGUUAGGUUAAUUUAGUUAGGUUAGGUUAGUUAGGUUAGGUUAAGUUAGGUUAGGUUAAGUUAGUUUGGUUAGGUUAAGUUAGUCUUGGUUAGGUUAGGUUAAGUUAGGUUUGGUUAGGUUAGGUUAAGUUAGGUUAGGUUUGGUUAGGUUUGGUUAGGUUCUCUGCCUUGCCAGUUAGGUUAGGUGACUUUAGUUAGGUUAGGUUAAGUUAGUUUGGUUUGUGUGGUUAGGUUUGGUUAAGUUAUGUUUGGUUAGGUUAGGUUAGGUAGUUUUGUCAGGUUGUUAGUUUGGUUAGGUUUUAUUUGGCUAGUUUAGGUUAAUUUAGUCAGGUUAGGUUACUUAGGUUAAGUUAAGUUAAGUUAGGUUUGGUUAAGUUAGUUUGGUUAGGUUAAGUUAGUCUUGGUUAGGUUAGGUUAAGUUAGGUUUGGUUAGGUUAGGUUAAGUUAGGUUAGGUUAAAUUAGGUUUGGUUAGGUUAGGUUAGCUACUUUAGUUAGGUUAAGUUAGCUAGUUUGGUUAGGCCUGUAAGGUGGAGAUUGAACGGAAUGAUGUCGCUUUCCUCCAGAGUGGUGAAUCUGCUCCACCCGGAUCCUCGUUGCUGGAUCCACUUGUUGCGGUGGAUUGUUACCCUCUAAUUUAAUUCAUUCCCAUCACCACUAACCUUGCUGUUGGAAUGACAGUUCCCACAAACACUCCAUUUAAAUUCAAAUUAUGUUGAAAGGCCGGGGGUAAAUGUGACAUUUUUUUUAAUUUAUUUUUUUCUUCACCUCAGUUAAAUUGUCUGUGUGCAUGAUUUGGUUAGCCUUAGAUGUUAAUGAGUUAGGUAUUCUGUACACAGCAUUAAUACUGUGAUAACAUUUUAAACAGUAAGUAUUCUGUACACAGCAUUAAUACUGUGAUAACAUUUUGAACAGUAAGUAUUCUGUACACAGCAUUAAUACUGUGAUAAUAUUUUGAACAGUAAGUAUUCUGUACACAGCAUUAAUACUGUGAUAACAUUUUGAACAAGUACUCGUAUACCGGGGAAAAACUGUGUUUGUGUCCUUGAUGACCCAGUGAAGUGUGCGUGGGUGACCCAACUUUGGGCUGUGACCCAAGGGUUAAGAACCACUGACCCAAGGUGAUGCACUCUUCCAGGCACUUGCUGUGAGAGAGAGGGGAGACCUGUGCACCGCUCUGCUGCACUGUGCUUAGAUGUCCCUGGUACAAUCCUGAGACUGUACCAUUCUUGCCCCUAUUGUGAGUAUGUCUGUGUGUGUGUGUGUGUGUGUGCGUGUGUGUGUAGUUGACAAUUACUGAAGAGUUUGUGACUUGACCCGUCCCACAAGUGACAAAAACGGCAUCACGUUGGUCAGUGCUUGCAGAAAUGGCUCUUUCUGAGACGUGGGUACAGUUUGUAAUGGCUGCCACUCUUCCCUGCUCCACAGACCAGGCCAGCAUCCAGGCCGUCGCCCUGCCUGGCACUGACGGCUGUCUGACCUCCCCGAGGGUCCCUGCAGGACUGGACGCGGCGUGUGCUGGCGGGAGUGGUGCUGCGGUGGAGGUCGUGAGGCCAGGCAGCAGCAUGAGCGGCCAGCGGCGGCGGCAACAGCAGCAGCAGCAGCAGCAGCAGCAGCAGCCAGCCUCAGGUGUGGGGAGGCACAGGCGUGGUGGCAAGAAUCACCUGGAGGCAGGCAGCUCUGUCCACAGAGGAGAGAGCAAGUUUGAGUGCCAGCAGUGUGACAAAACUUUUGUAUCCAGACAAGGCCUUAAGUACCACACCCUGACACACAGUGGUGUUAGAAAUUAUGAGUGUGGUGAGUGUGGGAAGAAAUUUACCCAGAAGUCUUCCCUCACCAGACACACCCUGACACACAGUGGUGUUAGAAAUUAUGAGUGUGAUGAGUGUGGGAAGAAAUUUACCCACAAGUCUUACCUCACCACACACACCCUGACACACAGUGGCGUUAGAAAUUAUAAGUGUGAUGAGUGUGGGAAGAAAUUUACCCAAAAGUCUUCCCUCAACACACACACCCUGACACACAGUGGUGUUAGAAAUUAUGAGUGUGAUGAGUGUGGGAAGAAAUUUAUCCACAAGUCUUCCCUCACCACACACUCCCUGACACACAGUGGUGUUAGAAAUUAUGAGUGUGAUGAGUGUGGGAAGAAAUUUACCCACAAGUCUUACCUCACCACACACACCCUGACACACAGUGGCGUUAGAAAUUAUAAGUGUGAUGAGUGUGGGAAGAAAUUUACCCAAAAGUCUUCCCUCAACACACACACCCUGACACACAGUGGUGUUAGAAAUUAUGAGUGUGAUGAGUGUGGGAAGAAAUUUAUCCACAAGUCUUCCCUCACCACACACUCCCUGACACACAGUGGUGUUAGAAAUUAUGAGUGUGAUGAGUGUGGGAAAAGAUUUCCUACCAUUUCUCGUCUCAAUGAACACGCCUUCAGACACACUGGGGUGAGGGAGUUCGAGUGUGAUGUUUGUGGCAAGUGUUUCAUGACAAAGGCUGAGAUUGCCCAGCACGUGAAGAUCCACUUCUGAGGUGGUGGUGUGUGGACACAUGGGGCCACACCUGUACCUGUGGUGGUGGUGGUGGUGGUGGUGGUGGUGGUGGCCGUGCCUGUGUGUGCUGUGAGGGAGUCAUGACCACAGCAGUUUUGUGUGGUGGUGGUGGUGGUGGUGUGGGGGAAUCAUGGCCCCAGCAGUUUUGUGUGGUGGUGGUGGUGGUGGUAGUGGUGUGGGGGAGUCAUGGCCCCAGCAGUUUUGUGUGGUGGUGGUGGUGGUGUGGGGGAGUCAUGGCCCCAGCAUUUGUUUUGUUGGCAGUGCAGGUGUGACUUUCAAUAAAUGUGUGUGUGCAGUAAACCUUUGUUUGUGUAUUCACCAGGUGUAGUAUACAGGGCCUCAGCUACAGGAAUAUAUUGUAGUGAGGCAGCCCCUCUCUCUCCUUGCCUCAAGUGUUUGUGUAUUCACCAGGUGUAGUAUACAGGGCCUCAGCUACAGGAAUAUAUUGUAGUGAGGCAGCCCCUCUCUCCUUGCCUCAAGUGUUUGUGUAUUCACCAGGUGUAGUAUACAGGGCCUCAGCUACAGGAAUAUAUUGUAGUGAGGCAGCCCCUCUCUCUCCUUGCCUCAAGUGUUUGUGUAUUCACUAGGUGUAGUAUACAGGGCCUCAGCUACAGGAAUAUAUUGUAGUGAGGCAGCCCCUCUCUCUCCUUGCCUCAAGUGUUUGUGUAUUCACCAGGUGUAGUAUACAGGGCCUCAGCUACAGGAAUAUAUUGUAGUGAGGCAGCCCCUCUCUCUCCUUGCCUCAAGUGCAUUUCAGUCGGCAGUGUGGCGCAGCAUUGAAGGCUGUUACAAAGAUGCACAGCGUCCAAAGGGCGAGUGUAGUCGUGCACGUUUGGCCAGCCACUAACCCUUUGACUGCCACUUGGUAGACCUUUCCCUCAUCACCAAUCACUGAGACACCUUUACUUGCUCCACAGGCACAUCCAGUCUUUGAACUGGGAAGAAAUUGCAAAAUAUAUUCUUGCGCUGCUGCUGGUACUGCUGACUGUGUUGUGUUGCAGGGAAAGGGUCCAGGGACAGGCAGGUUGGUCACACUUAACCCUCCCUGUGUGAAUGCAUGUUGCUUCUCACCAAACACUUUUCUGGCCUGUAAAUCUCGAGUGUUUCAUCCCUGACCACUUCCCCCGUGGCUUGUGUGCUGUGCUUGUAAGGCUUGCUGGGGCACCACCACUGGCUGCCGUCCCAACACUGACACCUCUGCAGGUGAACACCACCACCAAGGUCUAUACAGGGUGUCUCAAGAGGAAAGGAACACCAACACUAAUAACACAGUCUUCUGAUGCCUAACACAACACUGUCUUCUAGUGGUCAGUCUCUGUCAUUUUUCUCUUCAUUUCUUUUUUCUCUUUAUACAAGUGUUGUCAAUCAGUUUGUCUGUCUGUCAUAUUUCUCUGUUCAUUUCUUUCUCCUCUUCUCUUCUCUUCAUACAGGUGUUAUCAAUCAGUCUGUCUGUCAUAUUUCUCUGUUCAUUUCUUUCUCCUCUUCUCUUCUCUUCAUACAAGUGUUGUCAAUCAGUCUGUCUGUCUGUCAUAUUUCUCUGUUCAUUUCUUUCUCCUCUUCUCUUCUCUUCAUACAGGUGUUAUCAAUCACUCUGUCUGUCAUAUUUCUCUGUUCAUUUCUUUCUCCUCUUCUCUUCAUACAAGUGUUAUUAAUUAAUUUGUGUCAUAUUCCUCAAUCCAUUUCUUUCUUGUCUUCUCUUCUUUCCCUCAUACAAGUGUUACCAGUUAAUCACACAUUCCUCUGUUCAUUUCUUUCUUCUCUUCUCUUGUCUUCUCUUCACACAGGAGUUAUGAACCAAUCUGUGUCAGUUCCUCACUUUACUGGCCAAGAACACAUUACAUUGUAGUCUUGGUGCUGUAAUGCAAACACACUCCAGGGCAAGAACAAGGACAAGAAACAAGAACAAGCCUGGGAAACAAAAUGCAUAAAGAAAAGGAGGAACAAAAACAAAACUGGUGAACUAGGAAAACAAAACAAAGCAAAACAGUACUGGUUUACUAGGAACAACAACACAAACUGGUGAAUUAUUUUGACACACACACACACACACACACACACACACACAGUUUAACAAUUUCAUAACCAAGACGUACAGUAGCAGGUUAAGGUUCCCUCAUUAGCACUCUUGACCUAACAAAAGUGCAAACUACAGUAUUGGUCCCUUCUCAUUACAACAAAUACUUAAUAUAAAUGUUAGUGGUGUACAUUCUCUCUCUCUCUCUCUCUCUCUCUCUCUCUCUCUCUCUCUCUCUCUCUCUCUCUCUCUCUCUCUCUCUCUCUCUCUCUCUCUCUCCUGACUAUUUUCAUUAACUUUUUUUUUUCAUCUGUUUACAUAUUUCCUCUCUCUUUAUACUUUUGACAAUUAAUUAUUCUAUUUUCUUAAGUUCUGUUCAUCUUUUCCCUCUUUAUACUUUUAAAAAUUAAUCAUUUAAUACUUCUUAAUUUUUCAUCUCUUUCCUCUCUUUAUAAUUUUGACAAUUAAUAAUUCCAUUUUUUUAAUCUCUUUCCUCUCUUUAUAUUUUCGACAUUUAAUCAUUCCAUUUACACUGAAGUUUUUCAAGCAAUUGUGUACAGUUUCCAUUAAGAGACGAGUGAGCCAAACAUCAGUGGUCAUACAGCUUUUGUAAAUGCAGAGGAAAGGGAGUUAUAAAAAGAGAGAGGGGGGGGUGUCACAGGGGAGUGAGAAGGCAGCUGUGUUGAAGGAAGAGUAUUAAAGCAAACUGAAAAUGAGAAAACGGAUACUGGCUUAAAUUGUAGCAUUAGAAGACAGCUAAAUCUUUGAAUCCCUUGUUGUUUACCUGAUCCUCCAAACUCUUGCCUGAACAAAAGACAAAAGCAAUCCAAAGUGAGAAGAAUAAAGAAAAAAGAAGAAAAAAAGAAAAGACAAAAUAGAUACAGGCUUAAACUGUAGCAUUAGAAGACAAGCCUGCUCAUCCCUUCUCCUGGCUUUAGCCUCUACUGUUCUUAUCCUUGCUUUAACUAACAAUCUACUCCCCCAGUCUCCUACAUGCCUCAGGUCUUUCUCUGCAUUCCUGACUGCCAUCUGACCCUGCCAUUCUCUAUUUUCUUCCUCACCAUCCUGUCGCCUAACUUCUGCCGUUCUUCCUUUGUGUUCUUCGUUUCCACUGUUCCAUUUUUUUUUUUUUUUUUUUCCAAGAUGAGGUUCCCUCUGCUCUAAAUAUCUUUUCAAGCCAUCUCUCCUCGCCGAGUCCUUCUAUCUUCCUAAGUAAAUUAAGUUUUCCUUUCUCAACCCUGUCCCUGAAUGUGCUUCAUCACAUCUCACCUCAGAUUGCCUCUACUGCUGUACUGUUUGGGACCCCUAAACUCCACCUGCUUGUAAUGUUCGUGAUCUCUCUAACUUCAUGAGAUCUCCCUCCCGGUAAUGACACCGCCGUGUGCACAGCGCCUCGCCUCCCGCUCCUCCAACCCAGCGCACUGGUCACCACAUUGGUAUUGCAAGGUUUCUGAGUGAUAAAGUGGGUCUACCUGUCACAUGAGUUACUCCAGAGAUGUUUCAAAGUUUAUAAGUAGGUUUUACAAGGGUUAUAAGUGGGUAUUACAAAAUCUUAGUGGUAUUAGUAGUACUAGUGGUAUUAGCUACAGAGGCAAGACGAGGUGUGAAGUGGUUGUACCUGUCAUGGCAGCCACUACAGGGUUAUUACAAGGUCAAUAAGUGUGCUAUACAAGGGUUAAGUAGUUUUACUCGCAAUAUUUCCCGACCAAUCAAAGGCUACAACGAAGCUGCCAAGUGGUUCUGUCUGUCAUUAGCCACAACAGGCAUUUCAGACUGGUUGUGGUUCCAGCUGCUGCAUUACAAGGUUAACAUAACAGCGUAGGCAAUGGUCGGUAUUACAGCCGUCAUGUUGGUCACCACAGAGAUAUUGCAAGAUAUAUACGUGGUUGAGUGGUGCUGUAUUAGUCAGGGGAAGUGGGGAUGUGUUUAACGAAGCUUUUAAGUGGUUUCACCUGUCAGGUUAGCCGCCACAGAUGUAAUUUACACUGUGGUUAAGUAAUUACAUCUGCCGUAUCAGUUAUCACAGGUAUUUGAAGGUUUAUAAGCAAUUACACUCGUCAUACUAAUGAUGAGCUCAGGUGUUACGAGGUUCAUGAGUGACAAGAUGGUUCCCUCUGCCUCGCCAGACUCGCAGCACCCACCCCGCCUCUCUGCUUCAGUCACCAGCCUGCCCCUCCCUCCCUACUUGCCUUCCUCCCACCCCCUGGACAGGCAGCGUGCAGGCUUGGUAGACACAGAUGAAGCAUUCUUUCCCCAGCACUUGCCUUCACACCCACGGCCACGGGCCCCUCCGUCACAGCGUUAACCACCCAACAAGCACCGCAUCACAGCCAGGCGGGGUACAACUGCCAUCAUGAUAGUUUGCAUCAACGACCCAACAAUACCCAAUUAUCUGCCACUACAGACGAGUAAUGUGUGCGUGGCUUCAUUAUCUUGUACACAGAGAGAGAGAGAGAGAGAGAGAGAGAGAGAGAGAGAGAGAGAGAGAGAGAGAGAGAGAGAGAGAGUUUGUUAAUUUAUUGCGCCAGUCUACAGAAAACACCAUACAAAACUACUCCUGACAGUAUAAAUUGAUAAUUCAGAUAAUGACAUGAUGAAGGCAAGCAAGUUAUGGUCUGGCAGCGUAUCAAAGGGAGUGACAGCAGACAUAAAUGAAUCAACGGUGCUGGUUUGGCUUGUUAACUACCUGUCAUGAAUUAACGGUGCUGGUUUGGCU